AUACUUCUGACCGAAGACCAGCUGACACUCACCGAGAGCCUUGGGGAAGGGGCAUUUGGUCGGGUGUACAAGGGUUCCAUGAGAUGCGGUGACGAUGCACCCAUCGAAGUGGCCGUCAAGACAUUAAAAGGUGUGAUUAUCGCAAAUCAUCGUUAGCAAGACAUUGUGGGUGUGUUUAUGUCUGACUAAUAACAGUACACAGCUACAUAGCCAAAUUAUUUGUUGAUGCAUUCCUUAGUUAUAUGCCUGAUUUGCAAUGCCUUGCGGAACCUUUUUGGUCCAUCUGUUGACUCUGAGACUGUGGACACACCGGCUGUCCAUGAGUUUGAAACACCCAUUAGCCUAUUACCUGCUCCAUUGGUACGUGGUACAUACAUAGCCCCCACACAGAUGCUCUAAAAGAGGGCAGCUCAAAGAAUUGCUGGAAUACCAGGCAUUUUAGCGACAUUUCUGAGCAUUAGUUGGAAUCUAUCAGUGUAUAUAUUCAUGUCAGUGAGUGGAAAUCUUUAUUGAGUCAUGUAAUUACUAACCCUGCUCAUUUUUUCUUGUACCCCCUUACAUUACAUAAGGUUGUGUAGGUGUAAAUCUACCUCCUUGCAUUACACAAGAUUGUGUAACCCUGCUCAUUUUUAUUGCGUACGACAGACAUAUCCCAACCGGAGAACAUUGACAACUUUGUAAAGGAGUCCAUCUUGAUGCUGGGGUUUGACCACCCCAACGUUCUGAAGCUCCUCGGGGUGUGUUUCGACACGUGCGAUCACCUGCCUCUCAUUGUCCUCCCGUUCAUGGCCAACGGUGAUCUCCGCUCCUACCUCAUGUCCAAGAGAGAUCCAUCCGUCUCCAUUAGAAUAACCCACUUCCCAGAGGUAUAUAGUAUACACUAACCCCCAGGGCCAUCCCUUGUUGAACAUUCUGUUAUAGCCCACAUUUUGCAAUGCUGUUUGUUUUCAUGUGUGCAUCGGUCGCAAACUAUUGAAGCCCCGUGAAUGAAAGUCGGUAGUACUCUCAAGUGCAGUAUAACUAAUACUUGUCCACAAAUUUGCAAACACAAUUCAACCUAUUAUGAUAGUCUGGGACUACUAGACUGUGUCAUUUGUGUUUUGUCUAUUAGGUGUAUUUGUAAUGUAUAUGCAAAGAUUAUGCGUGUUUUAUCACACUCAUGAGUGGGGUCUGCAUUCAUACGGUCUGUACUUCAACUCCCACAAUAAUUGUUGUGGUACCCCCAAUUAGUGUACAAUUAGGCGCAACAUAGUUUCCUACUAUGCGAUGCUGCAGGGUCUAGACGAGCAGAGGGCGCUGGGGACGUGUCUCGACGUGGCCAAAGGAAUGGAAUAUCUGUCAAACUCUAGUUUCGUUCACAGGGACUUGGCAGCAAGAAACUGCAUGUGAGACAUCUAUAGCUAGAACCUCACACACAGGUUUUUAAAGGGAAAUAUGUGAUUUAGUGGCCCCGGAAUGUAGCUACCUGAGCACACUACUAAGGGCUCUGAAUCACGUAUUUCCCUUGACUCACAAUAAUAACUCGACUUAGAUGGUCCUAUCAUGUUACAAUAAGCAUCUUUAAUUU